AUGUCCUCCCCCACCUUCCACUCCUCCCCCCUCACCCCACGCCGCACCCGCCGCAAAUCCCGGUUCACUUACAAGCACCUCUCCACCCUCUCGCAAUCCUCCCCUAGCUGCCCCCUCCGCGUAAUCGCCCACAUCGACCUCGACGCCUUCUACGCCCAAUGCGAGACCGUGCGCUUGGGCAUCGAACCCGGGAAACCCCUCGCAGUCCAGCAAUGGCAAGGCCUCAUUGCCAUCAACUACCCUGCCCGCGCAUUCGGAUUGAGCAGACAUGUCACGAUAACAGAAGCGAAGGAGAAGUGUCCCGGAAUCAUCUGUCAGCAUGUCGCGACGUGGAAGGAAGGGGACACGAAAUGGACGUAUGAACUCGAAGGCACCGAUGCAGCGAGGGAGAUCGCCACGAGGAAAGUCAGUCUCGACCCCUACCGGAUCCAGAGUCGCCGCAUCCUCGCCACGAUCAAAGCCGCUCUCCCACCCGACACGCAAAGGGUAGAAAAAGCAAGUAUCGACGAAGUCUUCCUCGACCUCUCCGCCCAAGUCCACUCUAUCCUCCUCCAACGCUACCCCGAAAUCCACGGCCCAGCACCCUACGACGACCCCACCGAACCGCUCCCUCGUCCCCCCACCACAGCCCUCGACUGGGCGGCCGACGCACUAGUCGACCUCGACGCGAGUCAAAGCGAAGAGGACGAUCCGGACUGGGAUGACAUCUGCCUCCUCUUCGCCUCGGAGAUCGUGCGAGAUGUGCGGAAGAAGAUCUUCGACGACUUACAUUACACCUGCUCCGCCGGCCUGAGCAAGAACAAAAUGCUCGCCAAACUCGGCUCCGCCCACCACAAACCGAACGGACAGACCGUGAUCCGAAACCGAGCCACGCAGCAUUUCCUGUCCGGGAUGAAAUUCACCAAAAUCCGCGGUCUGGGAGGCAAAUUCGGGGACGAGGUCGUGAGCGCCUUCCACACGGAAUCCGUCUCCGAACUCUUACCUAUAACUCUCGACCAACUAAAAAAAGCACUCGGAGACGAAAGCGGCACGAGUUUACAUUCCACCCUCCGCGGCGACGACACCAGCGAAGUCAACCCGCGCACGCAGAUCAAAUCCAUGCUCUCGGCCAAAUCCUUCCGGCCCAGCAUUAAUUCCUUCGAGGUAGCGGGGAAAUGGCUGCGUAUUUUCGUGGCGGAUAUCUUUUCCCGAUUAGUGGAGGAAGGAGUAUUGGAGUUUAAGAGGAGACCGCGGACGAUUAAUCUGAUGCAUCGACAAGGUGGCGGGACGAGGUCUAGACAGGCGCCGAUUCCGCAGGGGAGGGUGGUUGUGGGGGAGGGCAGGGCGUGGCCUUGUGCGAAUUUGAGUUUGAGUGUGGGGGGUUUUGAGGAUGGGGUUAGUAAUAAUAGGGGGAUUGGGGGGUUUUUGGUGCACGGGGAGGAGGCGAAGGCUCUGCGGGAACAGCCGAGGGUUGAGAGGGGUGGUGAGGAGAUGCGGUCUGUGAAGAGGAGAAGGGUCGGGGAUGAGGGGGUGGGGAUCACGAGGUUCUUUGGUGCGAGGGGGAGGGAGGAGAGUAGGGGGAGUGAGGUUGGGGUUGACGUUGAGGAUGAUGGCGAGGAGGGAGAGCAGGCAGUAGGUCGGGAGCAGGCUGAUGAGCAGGAUGAGCCCUACGCCGAUCGCGACCACGAGCAGAACGAAGAGCAGGAGCUAGUGGAUAUUGAUCGCGAUGGCCCAACCUCCUCCGCAUCAGUCCUCGAUCAAGUCUAUCCCACCGCCGACGACGAUUACAACGACGAUGACGACGGCGAGGACGCCCUUCGAGGCCCAAACAUCCAUAACCACGCUAUCGACCAUAACAACUCGGUAGACAACAACCGACAUCUCCCAGCACCUCUGCAACAGCAGUCGACGCAAAAUCAUCUCUACCUCUGUCCCCGCUGCACCACCACCAUCCCAAAAGAGGAGAAAGCAGAACACGAGGACUUCCAUUUCGCGCAGGAUCUACAGAAUGAAGGGUCGAGUCAGCCGCCUCCAAGGCCUAGACCACCGGAGCUAGCUAAGGAUAUGACGAGACCGGGUGGCGGUGCGGGCGGAAGUGGAGGUGGGAGUGGAGGUGGGAGUGGGAGUGGACGAGGGAGGGGUGGAGGUAGAGGAAGGGGUCGGCCGCCGGCUAUGGAGAGGGGUCCUGAGAGGGGCCAGCGGCGUUUGGCUUUCGGGUAG